AUGUCUAUCUAUAGAAUUGAUCUGUUCGCUGUAACUGAAACUCAUAUUAAUAAUGAAGACAAGACCAAACUGUUAUUUCAUGAAAUGAAAGGCGAUCCAAGGAAAGUGAUUCUCAACAAUGAUUAUGACAACACUCACAAUGGGACUCUUCUUCUUCACAAACUCAACAAGAGAAGAAACAGAAUCUUUAAUACGAACAUCAUACAUGGGAGACUUCAGUUCACAACGCUGGUAUUUGCAAAUAGACAACCGUUGCACAUUAUCAUUAUAUAUAACUAUACAGGUGAUCAAAUCAAUGACGAAGAAAUGUCCUUGAUAAAUGAAAUCAACAACAUCCUUAUUAAGUUCAAUAAGGAACCCUUAAUAUUAAUAGGUGAUAUUAAUGCAGACACCUUUAAUCCCUCAUCCCUCAAAGAUAAGAUAUGGCUUGAUCUACUCUCUACACAUAGGCUUUAUGAAUUAAGCUCGGACAAUCCAUCAUAUAUUCGAAGAUCUGGUAACAAGAUUCACAGAACUAGGUCUGAUCAUAUGUAUGCAAACAGAUACGUCAGAAUCGUUAGAGAAGAUAUUAUGCCUCCCGUUUCUAAAAACGAUCACUUACCUAUCAGAUUCGAGAUUGAAAUACUAAAUCCCAUAAGAUCAUGGAAAAGAUUUAUCCCAACAUCCGAAUUUGAAAAAGUCACCACCUCUCUCUUUGCCGCAUUUGAAACCAAAGAUUUCAACUCUCUUGAAAACCUUAUCAAAGAAGUAUCUAUUCAACGUCACUAUGUUCCCUCUUUACGUUACAAAGAGAGCAAGAAUACCAAAGACACAAAAGAUAAGAUUGCGAAAGUCUUAAAGGAGAUGAAAGAAAACGACGCAAUCGAUCAAAUGACAAAUGAAAUCAAAGAACUCAACAAAGAAUUAGAACAGUCCUCAAAACUGGACACUGCUCAAAUUCGAAAAGAGUGGAUUGACAAAAUUAAUACCAAGAAUAUUUCGUAUCUUUUCAAAUUCGACGACAAAUUGAACUCAAAAGAGAUUAAUUGGAACAGCCUUCCACACAACGUCACACGCGACUCAACACUCAAAUUUUUCAAGGAAAAGUUUACAUCCCAAAACCAAAAUAUCAACAUAAGACUUCCAAAGAGUACAGUAAAGAAAGGACCUCCAGAAAUAACAAUAACGAAUGAUGAUGUCAAAGGUGCAAUCGCAAGAAUUAAGUCCCACUCAACAGGACCAGAUUUCAUCCCAAACAAGUUACUCAAAAACAUGAAAGAAGAUGAUAUUAAGAAAUUAACUUUCGAAUUUAACAAGAUGCUGGAAGAAGAGAAUAUUCCAGAAGCCAUGAAAAAAGGAUGGAUUAAGCUUAUACCAAAAAAGGACAAAGUUGAGAGCCAUAGAGAUAUCAGACCAAUCACAAUUAUGAACACUUUAUACAGGCUUUUGUUCAACAUAGUGGCUUUUAAACUAAGACCAUGGGCAAAUGAAAAUCUCAACUACCGGCAACAAGCUUUUAUAUCCAAUCGACAAGUUAAUAAUCAUAUAAUGGUCCUGCAAGGUCUGAGACAAAGGAUUAAGAAAGGAUUUGUAGUAACAAACCUUGAUAUUGAGAACGCAUAUGAUUCAGUAGAACACCAAUGCCUUGAACAAGCCUUAAAACACUGCAAAUUCCCAAAGAAACUCAUGAACUUUAUUUUAAAUGCAUACAAAGGGCACGAAUGUACAAUUGAAUGGAACGACUCUCUUUCGGAACCGUUUGUUAAAACAAGAGGUGUCCCUCAAGGAUGUCCUUUUGCUCCACUAGCAUAUGACUGUAUAACCCAAAUAAUUAUUGACAAAGCAAUUGAUGAAUGGAAUAUUCCAAUCAAGCCCUCCACUAUAAGCCCUAAUGCCAUUGGUCUCAAAUUCUUUGCAGAUGAUCUUUCUGUCGUGGGAGAUGUCAACAACAAAUACCAAGAAAGAAUAGACGAUGUUUCAAAAUGGAUCAAUGAGUUACACCUUAAAAUUAAUACAAAGAAAUCAUUAAUGACAGUAAUUCCCCAUCGAAAACACCCAGAUUUCCAAAUCAAAAUUAACGGGGAGAAUGUUCCACGAACAGACAAUCAGCGCACUCUUGGAAACUAUUUAACGGAAGACAGCUCAUUUAAAGAAGAAAUCAAACGACGAAUUUUAAAAAUUCAGCAACUUCUACAAUUAAUGCCCAUACACCUAAUAGAACCAAGAAACCUUAAUCAGAUAACUAUGUCAAAGACGAUAUCAUCAUUCACUCAUAUAAUCAGAGGUAACCCUGUUUCUAGAACCCUGCUCCAAGGUAUUGACAGAACAAUAAGGAAGCAAUGUCGUAAAUUACUACAAAUAGACAUGAGGACAAGCAAAGCAUCACUCUAUCUUCCAAUUGAAAAAGGAGGUCUCAACAUCCCUAAUAUAGAGCUAUUUAGCAAACUAAUUACUAUCAAAACAAUCCAAUACCAAGGACACUCAAACAACUGCUUGGUGAAAAAAGCUGUCGUACAAAGUCUGCAGAACUGCAAGAAAUGUAAGACCAAAAAUCUUAAUUAUUGGGAGAACGUUUGGGAUAUUUGUAACGAAAAUAAUUUGAAGAUAAUUUUCGGAAGAUCAGAUCACAGAUUCAAAACUCCUAAAGCCCACAAAAAAGAACGAGAAAUUGCAAUAUGGACCGAUGGAUCAAGAUCCAAAGAUGGAACUGGAAUAGGAAUCCUUAUUCAAUCAAGUAAUGCAACAACAUGCCAUAAAUACAAAUUGGAUCCUAGGUAUACCCAUAACAUGGCAGAAUUAAGUGCAGUGGUCACUUCGUUGAAGUUGAUCCCUUCAUCUAGCUCAGUGACGAUUACGACGGACAGUGAAAUUGCUCAAAAGAUUUUCACAAACAACAACUAUCGAGGACAAUUCAUUCAACUCAAAAGAGAAUAUGAGGCAACAAUACAAGACAAAAAACUUAAAGUUACCAUUGAAUGGGUAAAAGGACAUGAUAAAUGUCAGGAAAACAACUUCGUUGACAAACUGGCAAAAAACGCAAGUACCAAAGGCAAAUUUUUGGAUCCAAAGAACCUAUUCACACAAGAACAACUUCUCAUCAUUAAGGACUCAUUAUGGAUCCCCAACCCUUGUAGAAUAAUUAGAAAUAAUUGGCUAUCACAGAUAUCGGAAAAUAGUCAAGUGACAAACCUAGUGAGCGAUACUACUUUUCGUUAUAUUGAAGGAAAAUCAACACCACAUCACAAAUACUCCAUAUGGAGAAACCUUAAUUUCUGCCAUGUUCGGAGCUUCAAACAACAUAUAUGCCCAGAAUGCAAUGUUCCUCUAUCUCAUGAACACUUAAUUCUCCAGUGUCCACUUCUCCAGUUUCAGCGAAAAUGGGCAAUUGAUAACAUCAAAAAGCAUACCAAUCGAGAUCCAAUUUUAGUGUCAACAGAAUCAGAUCACCUCAACAACUACAAGUUUUACCUCAAUUACAAAGGAAUUCUUCAACACAACACUAUCAUGGACUCCAUUAGCCUCUUCCACAGAGAAUGGUUUAAUAUCCAGAGUACACUAUCGUUACUAGCUGGACAUGCACAUACUCAAUACUGGAAGAUUGUACAAUAA